AUGUCAAAACUAGUGCCUAAUAAGGGAUUGCCUUAUAAAAAAAUUGUUCAGUUAUCAUUCCAUAGAACGCGCUUGCCAUCAGAUGUUUUAUCACCAAAGACAUUCAAGCAAAGGCCUGCAAUAGUUAACAUCCAUGGCCUCUUAGGCUCACACGUGAUGUUUCACUCUUUUAACAAGUUCCUUUCAAGAAAGAUUGACGCUGACAUUUUUUCUGUUGAUGUAAGAAAUCACGGCAUUUCACCAAAGGCCCUACCUUACGAUUAUGCUACAUUAACCGGUGAUUUGAUACAUUUUAUUGAAACUCAUAUUGGCUCGGAAAGACCUAUAUACUUACUCGGAUUCUCAAUGGGUGGCAAAAUUGCACUAUUAGCCACGUUGUACAAGCAUAUCAAUGUACGAAAAUGUAUAUCGAUUGAUUUACCGCCUUAUGAAACCCCAGAGCUAGAUCCUAUGAUAAUACAAAAUUAUGAUUUAAUAAUGCGAAUAAUUCGUAGAGAUGUCAAAAUUUUAAGAGGUUCUCCUAAUUGGCAAAAGAAGGUUCUUGAACUUUUCAAAGGUUUAGACUGUAAUAAAAGGAAAUGUGGUGGAGCCGUAGCACUUUACUUUGCCAAUGGUUUUCUUUCCGUAAAAUCAAAUAAUGUAUCCCAAGCACCAUCGCACUAUGGACAACAGCAUGGUAGAGAGACUGAUCCCUAUAUAAAAUUUUCGAUACCCCUUUCCAGCAUGCCUCACUUGUUAGAUGAAGUAAAAAAGUGGCCGGACUUAUCCAAUAAUGAGGACUUCUUUUCAAAGGGCGUAGAUAAUCGUAAAGUUUUAUUCAUGAGAGGCCUGCAGUCUAACUUUAUUAACAACAACUAUUCCCUCUUACGGGACAGCUUUCCUUUUGCUGAUGUUCAGGAAUUUAAUACUGGGCAUAAUUUAUUAUUCGAGGAUCCAGAUGGUUCAUUCAAAUGCAUUCUGGACUUUUUUUGUGGAAGAGAGCGCUAG